AUGGCAGCGAAGGCACUUCUGCCUCGGCGGGCCGACCCAGCUGAGCUGAGAGCCAUCUUUGAAAAGUAUGCCAGCGUAAAGAAGAAUGAUGAGCACUUUAUGUCGCCGCAGGACUUUGUAAACCGGUUCCUCCAUGCCCACGUAGACAUCCGUUUGUCAGACGAGGCCACAACUCUGCUUGCUGGAGUGGUGGACCAGAAGAAAGAUGGCCUAAUCUCCUUCCAGGAGUUUGUGGCGUUCGAGUCGGUGCUGUGCGCCCCAGACUCCCUCUUCAUGGUCGCCUUCCUGCUGUUUGAUAAGGCAGGAGAUGGAGUGACCACUUUUGAGGAGGUGAAGCAGGUCUUCAGCCAGACGACCAUCCACCAGCACAUCCCCUUCAACUGGGACUGUGAGUUCAUUCGCCUGCACUUCGGCUCGCAGAGAGACAAGCAGCUCAACUACGGCGAGUUCACCCAGUUUCUCCUGGAGAUGCAGCUGGAACACGCGCGACAAGCUUUCAUCCAGCGGGACCAAGCCCACAGCGGCUCCAUCUCCGCGCUGGACUUCAGGGACAUCAUGGUGACCAUUCGGCCGCACAUGCUCACACCCUUUGUAGAGGAAUGCCUCGUUGCGGUUGCAGGGGGCAGCACAUCUCAUCAGGUCAGCUUCUCUUACUUCAAUGGCUUCAACUCGCUGCUGAACAACAUGGAGCUGAUAAGAAAGAUCUUCAGCACGCUGGCCGGCCACCGUCGAGGUGUGGAAGUCACCAAAGAGGAGUUCAUCGUGGCGGCUCAGCGGUUUGGCCAGGUGACGCCCAUGGAGGUCGACAUCCUGUUUCAACUGGCGGACCUGUCAGACCCUCGCGGACGUGUUGGUUUAGUGGACAUUGAGAAAAUUGCUCCGCUGGAGGAAGGCGCCCUGCCCUACAACUUGGCUGAGGUCCAGAGACAGCAACUGGGCAGCGACGGCUCCCGCCCCGUCCUCGUCCAGGUGGCAGAGUCGGUCUACAGAUUCACUCUUGGCUCGGUAGCAGGGGCUGUGGGUGCCACGGCAGUGUAUCCCAUCGACCUGGUGAAGACUCGCAUGCAGAACCAGAGAAGCAGCGGCUCGCUGGUGGAAGAGCUCAUGUACAAGAACAGCUUCGACUGCUUCAAGAAGGUGGUGCGCUACGAGGGCUUCUUCGGCCUUUACCGAGGUCUGGUACCACAGCUACUGGGUGUGGCGCCCGAGAAAGCCAUAAAGCUCACAGUGAAUGACUUUGUUCGAGGAAAGACCCGACAGAAGGACGGCUCAGUUCCUCUGGCUGCUGAGAUCCUGGCUGGCGGAUGUGCUGGUGGAUCUCAGGUGAUCUUCACGAACCCCCUGGAGAUCGUAAAGAUCCGCCUGCAGGUGGCAGGAGAGAUCACCACGGGGCCGAGGGUCAGCGCGCUCUCCGUCAUCAGGGACCUCGGCUUCUUUGGACUUUACAAGGGUUCCAAAGCUUGUUUUCUGCGGGACAUCCCCUUCUCUGCCAUCUACUUCCCUUGCUAUGCCCACACCAAGGCUUACCUGACUGAAGAGGACGGGACGAUAGGGCCUGGAAAGAUGCUGUUCGCAGGAGCGCUGGCAGGCAUGCCCGCAGCCUCUCUGGUGACCCCGGCAGACGUGAUCAAGACCAGGCUACAGGUGGCAGCGCGGGCGGGCCAGACCACCUACAGCGGCCUGACCGACUGCUUCUGGAAGAUUCUCCGAGAGGAGGGACCACGGGCUUUCUGGAAAGGAGCUGCAGCUCGAGUGUUUCGGUCCUCGCCUCAGUUCGGAGUGACCCUGGUGACCUACGAACUUCUGCAGCGCUGGUUCUAUAUUGACUUUGGAGGACAAAAGCCGGCUGGCUCCGAGCCCACCCCCAAGUCUCGGAUCAGCCUGCCGGCGCCCAACCCCGACCACAUCGGAGGCUUCAGGUUGGCCGUGGCCACAUUCGCUGGCAUCGAGAGCAAGUUUGGACUCCACCUCCCACGCUACACGGCGGCGACGGCCGCGGCCCCCUCCAACACAAGCACCCCCUGAACCUUAGGGACGGGGGGGGUGAGUGAGUGUAAGGGGGUUUAAGAGUUUUUUCAUACUGACAAGCACUGAGAGACAGCAAG